AUGAUUGACCGGGAGACUCGUUCCAUGACUUCGCGGGCCAAGUUAUCGACCCCGAAACUGCCAUCAGAAUGUCGUCGGCGUAGCGGCACGCAGAGGUCAUGGCUGUUAUGGGAGUUGAGAUUUCUUCGUGUAGCGCGCAGUGUUUCCAAUGUCGGCUACGCGUGUGCGUCUGGUCGUGUUUCCUGUUCUUGUAAUAUCUUAUUGGUAUGUGUGUCUGUUCGGCGUCUGAGGUACGUCUGGAUUUUUCAGAUUGGAUUUUUUCUGAUAAUUGAUAGUAGAGCGAAGUCAAUUCUCGUCACGAGAAUCAGCGAGCAGUUGUCAAUCGGAGCAAGAUUUGUGGUUUGUUGUGGCUCUUUCGCGUCGCGCGCACGCCUCAGCGAUCUAAUCUUAAAAUGUCCCAGUUGCCACAGUCUACUUCGCUCACAAUUUUUUUUCCGCGGCCGCGUCGAAUCGGACCAAGUCACGGCUCGUCUCGUCAAGAUACAAGCAUCGCUGAGAGUUGUUAUCCUCCUUGCCCCUGGCCUACUUGUGAUGGCAGACGUGGAUUGGAACAUGACGUGUGAAUUCUUGUGCCGAAGUAAGGAAGUGGAAAGGUUCAAGGCUAUAGAAUUUUUUUCAAGAGAUAUGAAGGAUUCACAAAGCGGCAAUUAGAAUAUGGCGGAGUUAUUAUCUCGUGGAGCCUCUUUAGACGUAAGAUUCGGGUUGAUAGAUAUUUAUGAAGAGUAAAUAAGGGAUGACUUAUUGACAUCUGAUGCAACAAGGGAUGUUGUUCGUGAUCUGCGACACAGAAUCUGGUUAAAUCAUAGCAAUAGCGAAACUACAAAAUUGAUGUGGAGCAAAAAAAUAUCUUCGUUUUCUAACAAGGAUGAGUUUUGAUCUUCCUUAA